AUGUCGCAAUCAGCGACACUUAUUCGAGUAGCUAAACAUACUCUUGAUGGAACUGCUAUUUAUCCUCAUAAUGGACAAAGUACGAUUUAUUAUCAACCUGUUGAUUUAUCAUCAACAUCAUUAAAUUCUACUUCAACAACAAAAUAUUUAGCCUAUACUAUACAACGACCUCAUGAACAUCUCGUUCCACUGCGAUCUAUGAAGCGCCUACUUUCGAAUGAUCUUUCAACAUCACCACCAACAAAAGUACUUGCUGUCACCUCUAACGAAGAAGAAAUGAAUAACAACAUAAAUAACAACAAUAGUUCAUAUAAUCUUAAUAAUGGACAUCAGAAUGGUGAUAGCAAUGAAGCCAAAAAAGCACGAAUCGAAAAAAGUCCACCAUCGCGUGUUGUUCAUUUACGAAAUAUUGAUGCAAGUGAAUUAGAAAUCGUUCAGUUUGGUCUUUCAUUUGGUAAAAUUACAAAUGUACUUAAUUUACGAAAAAAAAAUCAAGCUUUCCUUGAAUUUGACAGUAUUGAACAUGCACAAGCAAUGACUGACUAUUUUUCUUCAAUACCUAUAUUAUUAAAUGGUCGACAAAUAUUUGUACAAUUUUCAAAUCAUCAAGAAUUAAAAACCGAUCCAAAUAAUGCAAAUAAUCAACAAGCACAAGCUGCACUACAAUCAGCAACAACAUUACAAGAAAUUGGACGAACAGGUGGACAAAAUUGUGUAUUACGUGUUGUUGUUAAUAAUAUGAUUUAUCCAGUUAAUGUUGAUAUAUUUCAUCAAAUCUUUAGCAAAUUUGGUGUUGUUUUAAAAAUAAUUACUUUUACAAAAAAUGAUAAAUUUCAAGGAUUAAUACAACUGAAAGAUGCAACAACUGCACAAUCCGCCAAAUUGAAUUUAAAUGGUCAAAAUAUUUAUAAUGGCUGUUGUACAUUACAAAUUGAUUUUUCUAAAUUACAUGCAUUAAAUGUCAAAUAUAAUAACGAUAAAAGUCGAGAUUAUACUAAUCCAACAUUACCAUCAAGUGAAAAUACUAAUGAACCUAUUUCAAUCGGUGCAAGAUAUUUAACAGGCAUUCCUAAUGUUUAUGGUUCACCAUUAAUGGCAUUUACUGGAGCUCCAUUGACAACACUUUCUACAAUGAACAAUGGUGCUAUUCAUUUUCCAACAUCAACAGCAGCUAUGUUAAAUGCAAGUCAAUUAGCUCAACAAUAUACAACAGCAAUUGCUUGUUCAAUUCCAAGUGGAACAAAUCCUACUGCAACAUUAUUACAAACAACAAGUACAGCACAAUCUCCAUUAUCAUUAUCAACAUUACAACAACAUGCUCAUCAACAUGCGCCAACUACAAGUCCAUAUAUAUUUCUUUCAGCUCCAACAUCAUCAUCUGAUGAGGUAUGUGGAAAUGGUGGUGGUACUAGUGUUGCUACUGGGAAAACUGCAACUCUAUCUUCACCUUCUGCUCUUUAUUUUUACAACAACAACAGUACACCCACCAUUGAAUUAGCUUAUCAAGAAUGCUUACGAUGUUUAAUUACAUUGCGACAUUUAAAAAAAAUAAAUAAAAUAUGGCGUGAUAAAUGUAACAGAGAUUUUCACUGUGUUGAAUUUGUAUUUUAUAAUAAUACAUUAUUUGAAAUGUUUUUUACUAAUUAUUUUCAUAUUUUAAAUAAUUUAUUUAAAAUACCAACCAAUUCAAAAAUUUAUAAUACAUUAUAUAUUAAAGUAGAUAAUGAUAAUUUCGAAGAAUUAAAUUUAACUUAUAUACAAUCAUUCAUGAAACCGAAUGGAAUAGAUUAUUCUUAUUUAUUUUUUAUUUUAUCUAGUUAUAGAAAAAAAAUUCUAUUAGACUUAGAAACAGAUCUUUUUAAAAUACCUUUAAAUGGUAUUGAAAUACAGUUACAUUGUGAUAAAAAUACAAAAAAUAUUUAUUACGUCAGUCGAUAUAAAGAAUCUCCAACUCGUUCAAAUAAUUGUGUAAUAAUUCAAUCGAAUGAUAGAAAAACAAUUUCUACAGAAAUGAUUACUAUUAAAUCUUCUACUAUAAUUCAUACGUCAACAAAAACUCGUGUAACUAAAACAAAUCUGUUUCUUUUUAUUGGUGGUAUUUUAGCAUUUUCAAUAUGUAUAUUAUGUUUAUGUUUCACUGUAUAUUUUAAAUAUCAUAAAUGGAAAAAUAAUGAUAAUAAUAAUCAACGAUCAAGUAUUGUUUCAAAUGCAUUUAGUACAGAUUCAUUAGAUAGUCAAAAAGAUGAUAUUUCACUUUCUGAACAAAAAAAACAACAUCACUCAUUAAAACAACCAGGUCAACGUGGGUUUUAUGUACUUAAUAAUGAUUUAUGA